UAUUAAACCCUCUGCCACCCUCCCAUAAACCCCUCCACCAUCUCUCACACACCACACACACUCAUCACCUAGAGAGAGAGAGAGAGCAAUGGCUCAUAGUUUCUUCAACUUCUGCAGGCUGCUCGUGCUCUUCUUGUGGCUCUUCGCCAACAAUGCAGGUUUAUGUUGGGCCCAAGGUGCAAAUGGAGGAAGAAGAAGAGCAUUGGUGCCGGCCAUGUUCAUAUUUGGUGACUCUUUGAUCGACAAUGGCAACAACAAUAAUUUGCCUUCACUUGCUAAGGCCAACUACUUACCUUAUGGGAUCGAUUUCAACGGCGGGCCCACCGGAAGAUUCUCCAACGGCUACACCAUGGUCGACACCAUCGCUGAGUUGCUUGGACUUCCGUUGAUCCCUCCUUACUCUGAGGCUUCCGGCAAUCAAAUGAGAUUUGGAGUUAAUUAUGCGUCUGCUGCUGCUGGAAUUCUUGACAUCACAGGCAGAAAUUUUGUGAGCCGAAUUCCGUUCAACCAGCAGAUCAAAAACUUCGAGAACACUCUGGAUCAGCUGACGGGCCGCCUCGGGGCUGCGGAGAUGGCGCAGGAGCUGGCUCGCUGCAUCUUCUUUGUCGGAAUGGGCAGCAACGACUACCUCAACAACUACCUCAUGCCCAACUACGACACCAAAAAUCAGUACAACGGCCAGCAGUAUGCAGAUUUCUUAGUUCAGCAGUAUACACAGCAGCUCACCAGAUUGUACAACCUGGGAGCUAGGAAGUUCGUGAUAGCCGGAUUAGGCCUAAUGGGGUGCAUCCCGAGCAUCCUCGCCCAGAGCAGGAGCGGGGCUUGCUCCGAGGAAGUGAACCAGCUCAUCGUCCCCUUCAACACCAACACCAAGGCCAUGAUAAACAAGCUCAUUACUAAUCUCCCCGGCGUCCACUUCUCCUACAUUGACGUCCACAACAUGUUCCAAGAUCUCCUCGCUAACGCCAGAUCAUACGGUUUCAGUGUGGUGAACCGCGGGUGCUGUGGCAUUGGGCGGAACAGAGGGCAGAUAACUUGCCUGCCGAUGCAGACGCCGUGCCCCAACAGGAACCGCUACGUAUUCUGGGAUGCGUUUCACCCCACAGAGGCCGUCAACAUCUUGUUUGGGAACAAGGCCUUCAAUGGGGGCACUGAUGUUGUUUAUCCUUACAAUAUCGACCAACUCGCUCGUCUUUGAACUUUUGCUUCUUUUUGUUGUAACUUGUAAUAGAGCAGAGUUGUUACUAUGUAUCAAAAUUCUUAAACAGCUUGAUUGAUUAAUUUCAGCUUAAUAUAUAGACAGUUUGCACCAA